GCUCUUUUUCUCCUCCUCCUCCUCCCCUUAUAAAAACUCCCCCACACUCCUCGCUUUCUUGGGCCCCGGUAAUCUUGAAAUGAUUCCACCGCCCACGUUGGCUUAUCAUUCCUUCUAUCAUCGGUCCAUGCCUUGCCAGUCAUAAGCCCAGUAACAAGAUGCGGGGAGUACAAAUUUUCUCGGGAACAUCCCACCCUUUCCUGGCGGAGACCAUCUGUGAGCGACUGGGCACUCAGCCAGCUCGAGCCAACCUCGGGAAAUUCAGCAAUGGCGAGACCAGAGUGGACAUCGGCGUCUCCGUGCGUAAUCAAGAUGUCUACAUCGUCCAGAGCGGCAGUGGGAAGAUCAAUGACAGUGUGAUGGAGCUGUUGAUUAUGAUCUCUGCCUGCAAAGGUGGCUCCGCCAAAUCUAUUACAGCGGUCAUGCCGUACUUCCCGUACUCUCGGCAAUCAAAGAAGAAGAGCCAUCGUGGUGCUAUCACCGCUCGCAUGUUAGCCAACCUCCUUUCGGUCGCUGGUGUGGACCAUGUAAUCACUCUGGAUCUACAUGCAUCCCAAAUGCAGGGUUUCUUCGGCAAGCCCGUAGACAACCUGUUCGCCGAACCCUUCAUCGCUCGUUGGAUUCGCAUGAACGUCCCUGGCUGGAGGGAAGCAGUCGUUGUGAGCAAGAAUGCGGGUGGCACAAAGCGUGUAACCUCGCUUGCCGACACCCUGAAGCUCAAUUUCGGGAUUGUCACGACCGAUCGACGGCGCCCCAGGGUUCCGAUGUCGAUGACGGACAGCACCGUCUUCUUUGACUCAAUUGAGGAAGAGAGUACCACUUCGUCGAAAGACCAAGAUCCCUUCGCACUGCAUAUUCACAGCUCUCACAGCGAUAACGGUCAGGGUGAAGACUUGCGUGAGGAAUCAAGCACCAACAUGGAAUCGCUUAUGGCGGCAAAUCUCCUGCGCCCAGAGACUCCGACUGGCGCUCGCCGUCCGUCAGAGUUGGAAGCCGCACAUGAGUACACCGAUGUUCGGGUUCAGGAUGUCAUCACUGGCCGCCUUGUCCAGGGUCACUUGGUGGAUGAUGACUAUCCCUCUACCGGCCCCACUUCUGUACCUGCUUCGGGUGAAACAACCCCGGGUCAGAAUGCGAGCGGCGAAGCCUCGGAGGCGGUUCCCGAGUCGAUGAUCAACUCCCUCAUCUCGACUACCCCGUCUCUUCCCGGCGACCACGCCUUGGGCGGCUCAUUUGAUGCUGCUGAGUCGUCAGACGAGGAAGGUAGCGUUGGGCGUCACGCAGAACAGGAGAAGACCAUUACCCUUGUAGGUGAUGUUCGCAACCGGACCGUCUUCAUCGUCGAUGACAUGAUUGACAAGAGCGGGUCCUGGAUUGCCGCUGCGGAGACGGUCGUGAAGAAGGGGGGUGCGAAGAAGGUUUACUGCAUCGCAACCCACGGUCUCUUUGGGGAUGAAUCUCUCGAGCAAAUGGAAGCAUGCGAAGCCAUUGAUCACAUUGUCGUCACAAAUACCUUCCCCAUUGCUCCGCAAGUCGCCAAAAAGUCGAAGAAGUUGAUCGUCAUUGACAUCUCAAGCCUCUUAGCGGAGAGCAUUAGACGCCACCAUUAUGGGGAAAGUGUUUCGGCAUUGUUUCAUAUGACCGACUAGAUGCCCAAUAUUGAGCUUCGUUCUCAGAGGGUGUUCUUUUACACAAUCCCAAUUUCCCCCUUUUCUCCCAAAGACCCUUGUCCCGAGCGUAGGCGAGCUGGAUACUGGGUAAGAUGAUGACUAAAGACAGUGAUGACGAGUGCUUUGAUGAUCUUCUUCAUAUUCUCUCCAGCGGAUGGCUCUUUUCUUUUUUGAACCUGCUGCUUCGAUGCAUGCAUGCAAGUCCAACUUUGUGGUGAUUUGCGGCAGUGAUACCUCUACUGUUAUCAGCACCCAUCUACUAAAUGAUACCAUUGACCAUUUUCG